CACCUACAAGUGCACACGAGUUCACUUUCUCUAUAAAAUUGUAAAUAAUUAUUGGUAAAAUGGAAGAGAACGAUGAAGACAUGCCACAAUUAUCAUCCAGUACACUCACUGCACUUCAAGAAUUUUAUAAAGAGAGAGAGGAACGCGAAAAUCAGUUGAAAAACAUUGUGGAACACAAUCAAACAUUGGAUGUGACAUUCGAUGAGGAUUGGCAAUUGAGUCAGUUUUGGUACGAUGACGAAACUGUUGAAACUUUCAUUAAGGGAGCAAUGAAUGCAACAAAACCAAACGGUAAAAUUGCAUUAAUAUCAUGUCCGACUUUGUAUAGUAGAAUGAAAAAAGCUGCUGGUGAAAGACAUGUUGUUCUAUUAGAAUAUGAUCAAAGGUUUGCUGUAUAUGGAUCAGAUUUUAUUCCAUACGAUUAUAAAUCUCCCUUGGACAUUCCAAGAGAUCUAUCCAGUUAUUUUGAUCUUGUGAUAGCUGAUCCACCGUUUCUAUCAGAGGAAUGUUUAAUGAAAACGGCUGUCACUAUUAAAUUUUUAUCAAAAAAAAAGAUUAUACUUUGUACAGGGGAAAUAAUGGCUUCUUUGGCAGAGAGGUUAUUGGAUGUAAAUGUAUGUAAUUUCAUUCCUCAUCAUAAAAAUAAUCUAGCAAAUGAAUUUCGGUGUUACUCGAAUUUUGACUUCGACAGUGCAAUAGAAUAAAUAAUAUUUUGAAUGAUUUUGAUGUAAA